AAGGUCGAUAAUGCUCCUUCACACGUUAGCCCGUUCCAGGAAAAAGCUCCCGAAUCACGUGCCCUGUUGAUUGGCUACCACAACCACGCCGCACUCGUCUUCGUCUCGACCAUCGGCCAGCCGCUCAAUUGCAUCCAACAUGAUAGACUCCUUAAGAAGCCGCACAAUGGCCGUUCCGUCUCAUCACCAUUGCAAGCUCAACCGCCGAGAAUGCUUGCCUCGUCGCUCCUGUACGGCCUCUUGGCCGCAGCCUCUGCCGUCGACGCUCACAGGCACGCCAAGGCCGUCGACUUCACCGUCAUCACCGGCAUCCUCCAGCAGGACGACAACUCUACGGAUCCCUCGGCUUUCAACUUCACCGCUAGCAACUUUGGCCUGAUCGAGCGUGCCUAUCCAAGCGAUGCAUCCCUCCCCCACGGCAAGAACCUUACUCAGUGGCAGCGUCUUGCUCACUACAUGUCCAUGUUGAAUAGGAAAUGCAAGCGCAAUGAGCGCUACAGCCUUCUCUUCAUGGGCCGCCACGGCGAGGGCGUCCACAAUGCGGCCGAGUCUUACUUUGGCACUCCUGCCUGGAACUGCUACUGGUCCGAACUCGACGGCAAUGCUACUGCCACAUGGGCAGAUGCAAAGCUUACUGCAGCCGGCAAGCAACAAGCUCGUGUCGUAAACGCCUUUUGGAAGCAUCUGAUCAAAGACGAGGGGAUCACUCUGCCCGAGACCUUCUACACAAGCCCUCUGUACCGCUGCCUCGAUACUGCAAGGCUGACUUUUGAGGGCAUCAACCUCGCCAACAAGAAGCCGGUUGUCCCGGUGAUUAAGGAGUUGCUUCGUGAAGGCAUCAGUGCGCACACUUGCGACCGUCGCCACAACAAGACCUAUAUCCACCAGAACUUCCCUACAUUUGAGUUUGAAAAGGGCUUUGCCGAAGAAGACCCUUAUUGGACCGCGUUGAAGUCUGAGCCGCAGGCCAGCCAAGACGCCCGCUCCAAGGCUGUGCUUGAUGACAUCUUCACAAACGACCACAGUACAUACAUCUCUAUCACUUCCCACUCUGGCGAGAUUGGAAGUCUGCUGCGCGUCCUCGGCCACCGUCCAUUCAGACUAAGCACUGGCGCUGUCAUUCCUGUCCUGGUAAAGGCCACUACCCUCAACACGCGUCCUACACCCACGAAUCCUCUGCCUUAUGAGACACAGCAGACAUGUGCCGCACCUCCCACGAUCCGUGACUCGAGUUGCAACGACUGUUCUUGCUGCUUGUAGCCAUGUGGAAUCAAUACAUUCGCUGUAGAUACUCGGCACUUGGGCAAAUUACUGUAUAUAGCACGAAACUGCAUGAACAUCUCCC